AUGGGGACGUUAGGGAGAGCAAUCUACAGCGUAGGAUUCUGGAUCCGGGAAACUGGUCAAGCUCUUGAUCGCCUCGGUUGCCGUCUCCAAGGCAACUACUACUUUCAGGAACAACUCUCUAGGCAUCGGACGCUGAUGAAUGUAUUCGAUAAAGCUCCUGUUGUUGCAAAGGAUGCCUUUGUAGCCCCUAGUGCAUCUAUUGUUGGUGACGUUCACGUCGGAGGAGGUGCUUCUAUUUGGUAUGGCUGUGUUUUGAGAGGUGAUGUUAACAGCAUCAGUGUUGGGUCUGGAACCAAUAUACAAGAUAAUUCUCUUGUUCAUGUAGCAAAAUCUAACUUAAGUGGAAAGGUUUUACCAACUAUUAUUGGGGAUAACGUUACUGUUGGUCAUAGUGCCGUUUUACAUGGAUGCACUGUUGAGGACGAAGCAUUUAUUGGUAUGGGUUCAACCCUGCUAGAUGGGGUUUAUGUUGAGAAAAAUGCCAUGGUUGCUGCUGGAGCUCUUGUGAGGCAGAAUACAAGGAUUCCCUGUGGAGAGGUGUGGGGAGGCAAUCCAGCUAAGUUCCUGAGGAAGCUCACAGAAGAAGAGAUGGCCUUCAUCUCCCAAUCAGCCUUAAAUUAUGCCAAUUUGGCACAAGUUCAUGCAGCAGAAAAUGCCAAGGACUUCGAUGAAACUGAGUUUGAGAAGUUGCUCCGCAAGAAAUUUGCUCGCCAUGAUGAAGAAUAUGAUUCAAUGCUUGGAGUUGAUGGCGAAACACCUCCAGAGCUUAUUCUUCCCAAUAAUAUAAUGCCAGACAAAAUGCCAAAGGCUGCUUGA